AAGUGCAUGCAAAGUAUUCCAUUCUUCGAAUAUGCCAAUUAACAAGGUGUGUUUAUUUUUCUUCCUUUCAUUCAUGCUGGUUGUUCCUGCUGAGAUGGCCUGUUGGGUUGAUUCGGGAAAUGGUAAGAAUUGCCAACAUGAAGGACACACCCUUGCCCUGAAUGAGGUGUAUGAAAACAGCUGGGGACCCAGGUGUUAUAAAUGUACCUGUAGAACGUUUGGAUUAUCUUGUUGCGAUACGGGCAGUAUUAUUCGAGGAGACCUGCCAUCGAACUGCAAAGUCAUAAAGAUAGGGUGCAACGAGGAGGCGGUAAGCAAGACAGAUGAAUCUAAGCCUUGUGACGGGCCUGUGAGUGCAGUGCUGGGUUAAUUUUUUGUAAAUAGAAAGCCUUGUAAAAUGGUAUUCAAACAUACUGGAUGCAGUAUCAAUUGUACAUACGUGUUCAACAUUACAUGGAAUAAAUUAGAAAAUCGC